AUGGCUCGUCUGCUCGCUUUUGCUGCCCUGUUGGCAGCUGCCGUGAUCCAGGUCCAGGCCGGAGCUACUUGGCCCUUUGUCCUUCCUCUGCCCCCUGCUGCUCCGAGUUUGGAUUUUGUCAAGCCUAUGGCCCAUAUUGUCUUGGUGGAUGCAAUCCCUUGUCAAGUCACACCCUCGACAGCUGCAGACCUAUGCCAAUCUGCCACUUAUACCUUUGCUCCGGGCAAUCCUACGCUCGUCAAUGCUACCACUUAUGAUGGCAACUCAACCGCCUACGACUGGACCAUCGAUGCUGGUACUCCACUCAACACCAACAAUAAUGGCGGAGAGCUCGCUUUGAUCUUGACCCAAGAUAGCCGAGCGCCCAAGGGAACUCGCAUCUCGACCACCGAAUAUGUAUUGUAUGGAACUAUUACGGCUACCAUUAAGACUAGCAAGUGGAAUGGAGUCGUCGGCGCGUUCAUCACAAUGUCGAAUAUCAAGGUGCGCUUCAUAGUGACAGGUCAAGCCCGUACUAAAUACUUCGGCAAAGAAAUUGAUUGGGAAUGGCCCGGAAACCAUCCUCUGGAAGCUCAAAGCAACUUCUUCUUCCAGGGUCACGUCGACUACACCGCGGGUCAUGGAGCGACACAUACGCUCUCGUCAGACUCUUACGAAAACUACCACGACUACACGAUCAAUUGGCAACCAGACCAACUGCAGUUCUCCAUCGACGGAAACGUUGUUCGCACUGUUCGCAAGGAGGAAACGCUCGUCGACGGAGUGUAUCAGUACCCUACUUCGCCUGCUCGCGUUCAAUUGAGCAUCUGGCCUGGAGGCCUCCCAGACAGUCCUCAGGGUGUCGUGACAUGGUCGGGAGGUUUGAUUCAGUACAAUGAGCCCGAGUACCAGGCUGCCGGCAAUCAAUAUCAAGUUCUCGUUUCAAAGGUCGUCAUCCAAUGCUCGACAUCGUCAGGGCUCGCUGUCGGACCUGACACCGUGUCGUACAUGUAUGGGGCCAACGACACCUCGGGCAUUCCAACGGUAUAUGCUUCCAACCGGACAGCUUUGCUCAACGACGGUUCCGCCAGGUACUCUCUGCCCUUCGUGGGCGCGUCUGCCUGGUCCCUGAUCGCGCUUGCUAUUGGUGCGGGAGCAGCAUUGACGUUUUAG